GCGGUUCAAACUCUUCUGUUUAGUGCCAAAAAUAAUAAUAAAUCUCAUCUAGUAAAAGAUGUCCUUUUCCAGCGUUGACUUAACAUCUGGCAGCAAAAAAAGAAGCGAUAAGUGGCCUUGGUAUGGGGCGCCCAUCUUUUGCGUUAUCUGGUUCACACUGUUCUAUGUGUCCGCCAUUCCAAGCUUUUUCUCAUAUCCAAAGAUGAUUUAUGUCCGGGAUGCAGCCAAUCAUCCGAACGAGUUUAUUGGCGAGCGUGCCAAGAUUCAGCUGGCCGAGUACUCAGCGAUUGGCAACAAGAUGACUGGAUCGAUAAAUAACGAGGUGCACGUCGUUAAUUUUGUGAAGCGGGAGGUGGAAAAGAUUGUGGAGCAGUCGCGCAGAGAUCUAUAUGACAUCGACUUGGAGGUGCAGUACUCUUCGGGCGCCUUCUAUCUGUGGGAUGCGGCCACCAGCUAUGACAAUGUGUCCAACGUAGUGGUACGGAUCUCACGAAAGGAUAGUCCCAGCGACAACUAUUUGUUGGUUAACUCACACUACGACUCGGAGGUGAAGACGCCGGCUGCUGGUGACGACGGCAUCAUGGUGGUUAUCAUGCUGGAAACUCUGCGCGUCAUCGCACAGUCUGAGCGUCCGCUGGCUCAUCCCGUCGUCUUUCUCUUCAAUGGCGCUGAGGAGGCCAACAUGCUAGGUGCCCAUGGCUUCAUCACAAAGCACAAAUGGGCCAAAAACUGCAAGGCGCUUAUCAACUUGGACUCGACGGGAUCAGGCGGUCGUGAGGUUUUGUUUCAAACGGGUCCCAAUCAUCCCUGGCUGAUGACCUACUACAAGAAGUAUGCACCACAUCCCUUCUCCAUAACCCUCGCCGAAGAGCUCUUUCAAAAUAACUUUAUACCCUCCGACACGGACUUUCGUAUAUUUCGCGAUUUUGGCAACGUGCCCGGUCUGGACAUGGCGCAUGCUCUCAAUGGAUAUGUUUACCAUACCAAAUAUGAUAACUUCAAGAAUCUGGCGCGCGGCACCUAUCAGUCCACAGGCGACAAUGUGUUGGCAUUGACCUGGGCACUAGCCAAUGCACCGGAGCUCGAUGACACAGCUGCCCACGAAGAAGGACACGCUGUCUUCUUCGACUAUCUCGGCUGGUUCAUUGUCGUCUAUACCGAAUCGGCCAGUAUUGCCAUCAAUAUUGUUGUGUCCCUGGCUGCUCUGGGCUGCAUUGGACUCUCCGUCUAUUUCAUGACCAAGGACAACGUAGUGGACACGCCCAAAGCUGUGGCCUUGCGCUUCGGCAUCAUUUGCCUCGUGCAGCUGGGAGCAGUGGUGAUUGCUUGGGGACUGACCCUGCUCGUGGCCGUCUUCAUACGUGCUGUUGGCCUGGGUGAGUCGUGGUACUAUGGCAUUUGGAUGACUUUCGGCUUGUACUUCUGCCCCAUGUUCCUGGGAUUGGGCCUGCUGCCCGCCUACUACAUAGGCUGGACCAAACGGAAGUCAUACAUGAAGCUCAAUCAGACCAUUGCCUGCUUCAUGCAUGCCCACUGCAUUUUGAUUGUCUUCAUUUGCCUUCUCCUGACUGGGCUGAGCAUACGUUCCGCCUUCUUUCCCAUGAUUGGCUUGUUCUUCUACACAGUCUCGAUGAUUGUGCAGUUUAUCCUCAGACUGACCAUCAAGAAGAGCUUCUUUAUGACUGUUCAUAUGUUGUGCCAGCUGUUGCCCUUCUUCUUCUACACCUAUUUGAUGUAUGUGUUUCUGCUGGUAUUUGUGCCUAUGCAGGGACGCGAUGGCCCCGACAGCAAGCCAGAUAUGCUGAUCGCAGCCUUCAUUGCCUUAAUGACAAUGCAUUUUGCUGGAUUCAUAGUACCAAUUUUACAAAAAUUCCACAAAUCGAAGACUUUCAUCUCAAUGUUUGGUGUCUUAAUCAUCAUAUUUAUUAUAUUAGCCGCGACACCAGCGGGUUUUCCUUUCAAGAAGGAUGUUGCCUCGCAGCGUUACUAUGUCCUGCACACUCAGCGCACAUUGCACAGUUUUGAUGACACUAUCACACAGGAGAAUGGCUUCUAUAUACAGCCCGUGGAUACUCGAUACUCCGAGCUGUACGAUACAACGCUUAAGAAUGUGGAGCCCGAGAUCUGGCUCAAGAAUAACUGUGCCAAUGAGCCCUACUGUGGUCUACCGCUUUAUAGUGGACGUUGGCUCAACUGGAAGGAUUCCGCACGCUGGAUUUAUAGUGCUGCUCCAGUGUUUCCCGUUACCACAGAGCUCGCCGAAAUAUCAAGGCAAUCCAUAAGCUUGAACAAAAAGCGAUUCGAGUUCAGCCUCAAGGCUGGCGAUCGCAUUGUUAUGUACGUUGAUCCUAUGGAAAAAGUGAAGAUAACCAACUGGUCCUUUGACGAGACCCUCUUGGUGGAUGGCCAUACUGCUCCCUAUUUCAUAUACCAUGUCUCCUCCAUGGUCACGGAGCCAUUCAACUUCUGGCUGGAGUUGGAGCACGAUGCAGCCAACACAGCUGGGCCAUACUUCAAGCUGGCAGUGAGCGUUCAUUUCCUCUAUCAUCCGGAACAUUACACGCCCGAGUUCCGGGAGUUCCUUAGCACUUUUCCCGAUUGGACAUACACGACCGACUGGUUCGCUUCGUAUGAGAGUUGGAUCUUUUAAAGAAACGACUGGCG